AUGGCGGUGUUCCCCCUCACACCGGCGCCGGAUAGAGAAGGGAUCAUUGUUUUCCUUGAUGCCAGGCAGACAGGUAAUUUUAUUGAUCACAUUUUUCUUCCGGGCAGCGCAGUCGACCCACUUGUCCUUAUCAGGUACCUCCACUUGCAAGCGCCUCCUGCACACCGCAUUGUUUUUUGGCCCAGGACGGACAGGGACGGGAUGCUGCGCCUUACCGAGGGAAGUGUUGUAGAGUUUGGUUUCGUCGAAGAAGGGCUUUGGGAUUCUGAAGAAGACUCCGGUUCCGAGGAUGCCGCUUCGUCCGAUCGGCCAGACUCCGACGGUUCAACGCACCCCGGCCACACCGAGCGAGCAACUUCAGCCCCAGUGAACAACCGGGACCCAACACCAGGGACCGGGAGUGCAAGCGAUCCAUCGGCCAGAUCACGCUCCCCAAGCCGGGCCAGGGAAGGCCAGAGAGAUGCUAUUGACUCCCCCUCCGCCCUGCCACUGUUGUGUAAAAAAGCCGGCUCCUUCUGUAAGGCUAUGUGGUCACGAGGUGCCGGAGACCUGACCCCUCUGUCUUGUCUCGUUUUUUCCAGUUGGUUCCAGGGUCUCCCCGGCAGCAUUCUUGAGCUUCUCCGGCCAGGGGAAGCUCCCACAGAGCGGCCUCAACAUGCCAAGUUGCUUGAGGAGCCUACGCCCACUUGCCAGCGAGACCUAGAGGCUCUUGAUGCGCUGACAAUUAUAGCUCAGGAGUUCGGGCAGCCCUGGCGCUAUUGGCCUGCGUGGCGAUUGCAGGAGCGCCUUGAGCUCAUGCCUCCUAUUCCCGUCUUUGAUGACGUGAUUGUCGCCCCAGUUGUCAUUCCUGUUGCUGUUCUCACUCCAGGAUAUGCAGCCGAGCAUUUCAGCGUUGAGGUUUUCUUGCCUGGUGACAUACGAGAUGUCACUUUGGCCGUGCAGGCUGCCAGGGGAUCUAGGCAUGUUCGCAGGUUUCCUAUCCUUCUGCCAGCCUUGCCACAACCGUCUUCCGAAUGGCUCCUUUUCCUUGCGCAGCCUGAGUGGGAGCCGCAGGCCAUUGUGGUUGUGGUUGAUGCUAGAGUAUACGAUGGCAGGCUGUGGGCCAUCCAGGCGCCGCAGUACGUUGAUCAUGGGUCCUUCCUUAGAUUGGCAGGCCUGCCCGAUGGUGCCCAGGUCACAGUUCACACCUCCUUGGAUGUAGGCAUUCUUCUCCAUUUUGAGGAGACGAGGCUCUUUCCCGGCCAGUGCCUCUGUGUAUUGCCAGAUGGCCGGCCUGCUCCCCCUGUUCGAGUUGUUGACUCCAUGCUCCUUUCCACGGAUGGAUGGGGCACAGGUGUUGCCUUCCCAGAACCGGACACGCCGGCCUGCUACUGUUGUGUGACUGAUAGGGGGCACCAUCUGUAUGCUGCGAACGCGGAGCGGCCUUGGGCUUUCAGACAGGAGAUUGCAGACUCCUGUAGCCUCCCGGUGGGGCGGCUUCAGCUUUGCCCGGCCAAGCCCAGAGUCGAGGACUGCACCGUCUUUGGCUGGCCGUGUCGCACAGUCCUUGGCGUCGGUCUCAAUACCGUGGACUCAGUUUUUGUCAUUGUCGACUGUCGCCCGAUCAUGCAGGGAUGGUCGCUUGUCCGCACUCGAGGUCAGGUCGCAGUGCGGGACCUCCUUGAGGACCUUGGAGUCCUUGCCCCUUCCUUCUGGGAGCCCAUUGUGCACAGCAAUGCAUAUUUUGCGCCACAGACUGAAGGGGUCCUCCAUGUCACAGAAGGUCAGGUUGUUGUCAUCGAAUACCGAUUACAGGCCAUUGAGGAGCCUGUCGAGCACGAACAGGACAUGUCCGACAUUAGAGCUUUCGAUCCGGACUCAGAUGAAGACAUGGAGGGGGAGGAGGUCAUCCUGCGUUGGCACCAGGCCACAAUGGUGCCACCAAUGAGCAACACUUCUUGCGUUUCUCAGCUCCUUGCCCUCAGUUGGCUGCUGAUUCAAACCGCCACUGCGGUCCAGCUACCUGACUUUGACUUCCUUGCCUCGGGUCGAGCCAGCAUGUGUCCGCCUGUUUCAAGUGUUGAUGCCCUUGCUCCAGGGCCACAGGCCGAUACCUCUGCCCUCCCCGAGCUCGGUGUCGAGCAAGUUCAUCUCUCCCGGCGCAGGCCCCUGCCAACCCCGUGUCGGGCGCGACAGGGGCAAGACAUCGCAGCCCAUGCAGCCAAUGUAGGCAGUUUUGGUUCGACCUUGCUUGAACAGGCUGCACAGGCGCCUACGUUUCAAGGUUUCUUCCUCGCGGCGACUUUGCUAGAGGUACUCUUCGAGCACGGCCAGGCACUUGCACAUGACGGGAGAGCACUGGUCAAUCCGCCUCCCCGUGUCCUUUCCCUGAAUGACUGCAUUCCACUCACUCCCUUCCAAGUGCUUGCCCAGAGCCUUACUGCUCUUGUGCCACCGCCACCCCGAGCCGGAGACAGUUACGAGGGGAAUGACUGGCUCGAUGCUGAUCUCAGUCAUCUCACUCGCAGUUCCCAGAUCGAGGCCCGAUGGCGGGGUCUUUUUCAAGACGUGCCUAAAUGGUGGGCGCAGCACCCUCAACCUCCCCGGCCGGAAAAGAUUGAGAUCUACACCGAUGGCUCAGCUCCGGGUGGGGCUGACCCCACCGAGGCUGUUGCUGCGGCGGCUUGGGCUUUCACUGUCUGGGCCAUCAGCGCCGGUACCCCCUUCUUCGUCGGAGGUGCUGCACAUACCCUUGUCCCAGCCGGGACGCCGUAUCAUGUUGGGGAGUGUACUGACACCUCACUUGAGGCGGAGUUGGCCGCAAUCGCUUGGGCAUUGAUCUGGGCCCUUGAGCACGGGGUGCGUUUUCAGGUUUGGCUGGAGUUCUGUUACGAUGCCACGGCAGCAGGCGGCGGCGCUUUUGGCGAGAGCCGAUGCCCUUGUCUUGGUGAAACAGGUUCAGGUUUGGGUGCUACGGCGGUCCUGUUGCGCCAGGCCGUUGCGACUAGAGUUCCAGUGUCGCACCGCCAUGUCAAAGGCCACUCGGGGAUCCUGCCCAACGAGUUAUGUGACUGCCUAGCCAAGGCGGCCAGGCGCAGCCCUGAAUGCCCCUACUCCAGAAUGUUGCCGACGUGGCCAGAGCCAUGGGCAAGGCACCAGCUUCGACAAUGGACCUGGCUUGCACAUGCGUCCUGUCCUAGCCUUCCCGUGCUUACUGCCUUGGAGGCAGAAGCAGGUAGGCUGCAGUGCCAGGCACACGAGGUCCUGGCCCCGACCGCUGGUUUGCGAACCAGCCAUUACCGUGCCACCGAGGUUGAGUACUCCUUUAAGGCCCUUUCUUUUAACGCUCUCUCUCUCUUUGACCCAGCGGCCCCUCCUGGUCGAGAGGCGCGUGUCAAGAACCAGGGGCUUCUCAUUGCAGGGAAGAGAGAUCUUCUCAAGCGUCAGUUGCUUGAGCAACACAUAUGGGCAGCAGGCAUCCAAGAAACACGGCUUCCUACAAGUGAAACACUCCCGGACGGGGACUUUUUGAUGCUUAGUACGGAGGCAAGUCCGCAAGGGCAUUAUGGGUGUGCACUGUGGCUGAACCUUGCCCUGCCUUUUGCCUCUGAAAAAGGCCUCAAGCACCGUGUUUCCAGGAGCCAGGUUACAGUCACCAGCGUGUCGCCCAGGCACCUCCAGGCUCAGGUCUCCGCACCACGUCUUCGACUUACAAUUCUCGUCGCUCACGGGCCCUCUGGCGUCAAGGAUGGGGGCCUUGCCGCGCGGGAGUUCUGGACAGCCAGGGCGCAAGAUCUCCGAGCCAGGGCAGAAGGUUCAGAGAUUCUAAUCCUGGCGGAUGCGAAUGCCCAUCUAGGCACCAUUGAAACAGAAGCUGUCGGGGGGCAUGAUCCAGAGCAGGAGAACGCGGCAGGAGCAGCGUUUCACGAAUGCUUGCUCGACUUGGACUGUUUUUUACCUUCCACCUUUGUCAGCUGCCACCAUGGGCCCAGCUCAACGUGGCACGGGCCCAGUGCCCCGGAGUCAGGUCAUAGACUUGACUACGUUGCGGUGCCGUCCUCCUGGAGACAUCUGUCCAUCAGCACUUGGGUGUGGGUCGAGUUUGAGAGCUUGCAAGCCAGGCAGGAUCACCAACCGGUCUGCCUGCAAGUCCUUUUCGGCCGUCAGCAGGCCGCGGCCUCCUACACAGUCUCCACCAGGAGAGCCCCUCGUCCCGUUCUCCGUCAAACGCCAACGGACCAGGUGCGAAGGGGCACUUUCCUUGACGCCCUUCACAGCAGUGGACCUCAAGAGCCUUGGUGGGCUGGCAUUGACUCUCACUGUGAGUCUGUCAGCCUUCCCUUUGUCAAGGCAGCAGAAGCCAUCUGUGUCAAGCAGCCACAACGACCGCGGCAGCCAUACCUUCAGCCGGAUACUCUUUUGUUGGUUCAGCGGCGGGCCGCGGUCCGCGUCUACCUUUCCACCGAGAGGGCUGAGCUCAACAGGCGCCUUAAAAUGUUGGGUUUUGCCGCUUUUGUUCUGUCUGUCCAGUCUAGCGGUUUCUCAGAUGCAGCCAGGACUGCUGCCUCCAGAUGGUUUUAUGAAAUGGAUAUCAGCAUCGCUGCGGCUGUCGAUGCCCAGCAUUGGCUUACCAGUGCGUUGCGCUCUGCCGUGAAGCGUGACCGCAUCGCCUUCCUUCAAGGUCUGACGGACCAGAUUUCAGUCACAGAUCUGAAGGAUCCCCUACGACUUUACGCGGCCGUACGCAGGGCCUUCCCGAAAGCUAAGGCAUCCAGGCGAGCCAGCUUUCAAGCCUUGCCGGCUGUCCGUCUCAAGGACGGAACCCUUGCCAAGGACCCAGCUGAAAGGGCGGACAGGUGGACCGCCCACUUCGGAGAUCAAGAGGCAGGUGAAGUCACAGCUCUUGCAGACUACGAGAGCAGUCUCGGAGCUUCACCCUUCCAGCCGAUACGUGGAGGGCCGCACUUCGACUACACAGUGUUGCCCUCGCUCCUAGAAGCCUUAACCAGCCACGGCCUGGCCACACCUGUCCCCAGCACCACGGCUCAUCCGCCGUGGACCACUGGAGAGCCGGUAGACAGGAUAGGGUGUGCCGCGUGGGCAGACGACUAUACCCACGCGCAGGCGGCAUCACAAGCUUCCGAGCUUUGCGACAGAGUUCUCACUGCAGCAGGGAUUCUCUCCGAGCAUGCCACAGCUGCGGGGAUGCAGCUGACGUUUGCCCCGGACAAGACGGCGGUCUUGCUGGCGUCGGACUGCGAUCUCAAGGCGGAGACCCGGCUGGUCAGUGACGAGCAGGGCCGUUCGGGCUUCUAUGUUCAGAAUAAGGUCCUGCAAUGCCGCCACUUUCUGCCACUGGUUGCUUCCUACAAACACUUGGGCGGCAUAGUGACAUCCAACGCCACUCCAGGUGCUGACAACCAAUUCAGAUUUUCACAAGCCCAGGCCACUUUGCGUCCUCUUUAUGGAAGGCUGUUCUCAGCUACGGGGAUCCCCCUGGCCAUUAGGCGCACGCUCCUUCGAGCCCUGGUCAUUUCGAAGUUUGUCUUCUCUGGGGCCUCGGCCCUUCUCGCUACCACCAUCUAUCGGCGUCAGUGGUGCCAGAUGUAUGUCUCGUUGUGGCGGGGUUUGUGCCGAUGGCCCCAGCGAGACAGGACCCCCCACAGCUACGAAGUCCUCCGACGAGCCCAGGCGGCCAGCCCGCUUUUGGCCCUUGCGCAAAUGCGGGCCAUCCUCCUCCAGCGUGUGCUUAGACACGGACCCAGUACGCUUCAGCACUUGCUUCACGUGCAUUGGCGGGCAGCUGGGGCGAAGUCCUGGUUGGGACUGUUUGUUGAAGAUCUUCAUGCUGUUGCGCCCUUUGCCCCAGCUGCAGCCGUUGUUCUCAACAUGUCGGACCCAGUUGAGAUCUUGCUAGAGAAGGCCUCAGCGGAGCCCACGUGGUGGCCUGCUCAAGUGCGCAGGGCUGUCAAGGGCUUUAUCUGCAGGCUGGAGAAAUGGGAUCCAGGCUUUGACCCAGUUGCAGCCCAAACGGAGGUGCCGGACUCGUUGCCUUUCGUUUGCCGUUGGUGCGAUGCGGCCUUCAGACUGCGAAAGCAUCUUGCAGUCCACGAAGCGAGGCGACAUGGUUCAUUGUGCCCUGCGAGGCACUUCACACCAACACGGGAGUGUCAAGCCUGCCUCAAGCUGUUUCACUCUGUCGAACGUUGCAUGUACCAUGUUAAGACCUCGCGCUCCUGUCUUCUGCGACUGGUGCAUAUGUUUCCGCCCAUGGACCUCCCCACCAUACGCCUAGCCGAACAGGAGGACUCUCGCCGACGCAAGGCCCUGCGCGGCGGCCAUUGGCAGGCGUUUGUUUCCACGACGCCAGUCUCUCAGGCGUUCGGCCCCAGGGCGCCUGUUUACUCGGAUAUCUUCCUUGGACUUAGUGAAGAUGAGAUUCCUGUCUCCCGACUUGGUUUCUAUCGGCCUUCGCCAGUUACCCUCCAAUGGAUUCUGGACUACAUUGAGGGUGCCUCCGUCGAGGGGCCUCGCCAAAGCGCUACCUCGUUUUGGCUUCGACCCAUCCCAAUCAGGGAACCCGAGUGA